CCGUCCCAGCCCCGCUCGGACGCCGCGGCGGAGCAGCCAGCCGGGAAGGCGUCCGGAGCCGGCGGCGCGGGCUUGCGGGGGCCGCGCGGCGGGGCGCCGGGCCAUGGCGUUCACCAUGCUGCGCCCCAUGGCCGCCCGCGUGCUCUACCCCGACAUCAGCAUGCUCUCAGAGGACGAGGAGAACCGGAGCGAGAGCGACACGUCGGACCAGUCGUACGGCUGCUGCGAGGGCGCGGAGGCGCGCCGGAAGGUGCCCCGCAAGCCGGGGCCCGUGGUCAUGGUGAAGCAGAGGCAGGCGGCCAACGCGCGGGAGCGGGACCGGACGCAGAGCGUCAACACGGCCUUCACCGCCCUGCGCACGCUCAUCCCCACGGAGCCCGUGGACCGCAAGCUCUCCAAGAUCGAGACCCUGCGCCUGGCCUCCAGCUACAUCUCGCACCUGGCCAACGUGCUGCUGCUGGGCGAGGGCUGCGAGGACGGGCAGCCCUGCUUCAGCGGCUCGUGCGGGGCGCCGGGCGAGCGGGACGGCAAGCAGCCCCGCAGCAUCUGCACCUUCUGCCUCAGCAACCAGCGCAAAGGGGGCGGCCGGAGGGAGCUGGGGGGCAACUGCCUGAAGGUGAGAGGGGUGCCCCCCCUGCGAGUGUCGCGGAGGUGAGCCGGGGCCCGCGAGCAUCCGCCUGAGACAGCGGCAGAGUCGGCCGGAGCCGGGACACGUCAGCUCCGGAGACCGGACCGGGGAGGGAGGGAGCUGCCCGCCGGCCCACGGAGGCGGCGGGAGCAGAGCCGGGGGCCGCGGGCUGGGACCGCACCGACGCCGGCACCGGCACCGGCACCAGGGCGGGAGGAUGCUCCCGGGGCUGAGGCGCCGGGCCGCUGCGCUGCCCUCCCGGGACAGGGGCGCGGGGACCCCAAUCCGCCGCCCCGCCGGGCUGCGCUGGGGGCUGCGCCGGGAAACAGCCCGUGCGCGGCCGGCGUCGAUGGAGCUCCGGGGAGAGGAGAUGUCGCAGCCCCGCGGGCGCUGACUGCUCACACGCAGCCGCUUGGAAAAUAAACCUUAUUUUUCUGA